AUGCGGUCUUGGAUGCUAUUGGCGGCGUGCGCUCCCGCUUGCGUCGCGGGAGCCUUUUCCGACUUUCUCAUCUCCCAGCUCGACAACCUGACAGUUGUGCAGUCAACGAAUUCAACCUUCUGGCGUAAGGUGCACGACCAGAGCAUGUGUGUGCCAUCGCUUACCGAGGACCGCGUCGGAGCCAUCAUGGUCCUGGUAACCGAGGCGCUAGCGACUGACUCUGUGGCCGUCAUCUCCCCGCCCCUCGCUGUCCCGGCUCCCCCCCUCCUCCUCCUCCUCUUCUCGCGCCGGGGCAGAGGGGCUGAUGCUCCAGGUCCCCCGCCGUCUGUGCCACCUGCAGGCCCGCUGCUUCCGAGCAGCCCUCAGGUGGAGUUCCCGACGUUGUUCGAGUUCCUCGGCCUGGACGCCCGCCGCAAGCCGAUCUCGCCGCCAAACGCGUGCGCCUCGCCCCACCACCCCUACCACGAGGAGGCUGUCAAGGCCAUCCGAGAUGCUGCUCUCGCCCGGCUCCAGGAGGCGCGCUCGGCAGCCGGCAGGCCCGGCGCCGCGAGCUGGGCUACCGGUGAAAGGGCGGUCUUGGUCAAUUCAGUGGCAGGCAUUCUUCUAGAUGACGCUGCGAGGAAUGAGUACAUAGUUGUGUUUAUGCCUGUCCUGGCCCGCAAGAACUUGGACGCCAUCUUUGUGGCCGUCGUCAUCGUUUUCCUUCCGAAACCCCCCCAAUACGACGCCAUCCCGUCCCCCUUCUUCGAUACAUUACACCAGGUCCUAGUCCAGCACGCGUCCAUCCCGACAGCCUCCAUGUUCUACGUCAACGUGACGUUGGGGAUUGGGGAUGACCCGAAAUCCAUAAUGUUUGGGCGCCUACCCAGCCACAUUUUCUGGACAAGUCAGUGGGCUGGCAACAACACCAAAGUACUCAGUCCGGUUGCUAUGGAGCUCACGAUCCACUGCGCCACCUUGAAAGAGUGUCUCGAUCGCCUCCAUAGAAAUGCCUUGACCUUCCAUUCUCUCAACCUCGGUGACGAGGUGCUGUCGUCUCGUUGGCUCAGAGCAGGAUGGGAAUACGUCAGGGAGGUUAUCAGCUGCUUCAAGUUGAUGCCAUACACCUACGGAUACGACUGUCGCGACGUCAACGGCACGACAACACCAGCCAGCUACCAGGAAUGCUGCCGCACAGCUCUCGGACACCUCGCCUUGCCCGCACGCACCUUUCUGGCUCUUGACUGGUGUGAGAAGACCGAAGGGAGACUACGAGACCUACUUGUGAACCUCGAUACCAUACACUCCACCAUCCUUGCUAUUAACCCGCUUGCCGAGACCCUCCUUUCCCUCGGAAACCCCUUUCCGCGUGAUUUAGAGAGAUGGGCUGACGACAAGGCCAAGAAGAAAUUUGCCAGCGAAACGCGAGAUGCCAAUCGCAUGAUUAAUAUCCCGCGCGGCCUGCUCCAUAUCGACCAAACGGCGCUCUUGCCCUUGACCGAGCGCCUUGGCGAGGCCUAUCGUGUAUUACAUGAGCAGACCCUCCCGGCGCUCCGGCAGCUGGACCGUCAUAUAGCCGACAUGGUGGCGUACCCUAUCCCCAGUAUUGCCGUUGAUCGCGCCGGGCGUGUCGUCGUGGUUGGGAGACCACCCUUCGACCAAGUGUGGGUCACCGAGACGGCUCGAGUUGACGGACGGCGGCGCCGUAGUGUGUACUACCUGCCGUCUAACCCACGCAUAUUCGAGCUCCUCGAGAACAUGGAGCACGAUUUGCUCAUGAUAGGGAGGCACACGCACCCCACGCUCCUCGCGGUCGCCGAGAUGGGCCGUCAGGAUCAUGACUUGCCGUUGUCGAGAUUUGACUUUGGUGAAGGGCCCGAAAUCGAAACUGGAUCGCCACCACCAUCGCAGGAGAAAGUCGACAAGUGGUACGAGGAAAUGGGAGACAAGGUGACGAGAGUCUUCAACGGCAAAAAGAUGAUCAUGAACCAAAUGCGUGCCAAAGUGAGGGAGAAUUACGAGAACCGUCCUGUGAUACGAGAAUUACGCUUCCUGCGCGACUAUUUUGAAGCGGCCGUGUGGACGUCGGCAUUCCAGGCCGUCUCAGACGCGUCCAUCACAUCGCACUCGAUGAAACGCGCAAAACAGGCCCUUACCGUCUUCCAACUGACGCCGCAGCACGGUGGCAUCUCGGCAUGGCAUGGUAGGACGGUGUCGUCGUCGUUGUCGUUAUCGUCGUCGUCUUCGUCGUCGUCGCCGUCGUCGUCAUCGUCGUCGUCGUCGCCGUCGUCAUCGUCGCUUCGUAUCCAGGAUCUGGGACUUGGUCCCACCGCCUCCUCUACCCUCAUCCUCUGCAUGGAUCGAGGGAGCAUUCUCUGUGACCUAUCGCACGCAAUCUUUUCGAUGUCGCGAAUCAACGUCUUGUCUAUAUCAGAGAGUGCAGAAGUAGAAGCAGAAGCAGAGCAGACAGUAGGGAGGGCAGCCUCGCAGCGCAAUAGACUUGGUCGAAAAUCGGAGAUCAAGCGGUGA